AUGCAUCUGGCAACACAUACUUGGAUGCGACCAGAGCCUCUGGAAACAACACUCAAGCGAAUCAGUCGCCUCGGAUACUCGAGCAUUGAGCUAGCUGGAGAGCCUGAUCUUUACACAGUCGAGCAAGUCCGCCCGCUUCUCGCCAAGUACAACAUCAAGUGCUGGGGCGCAGUCACAACUCAACAUGGCGCCCGAGACCUCAUCGCCUCGGAACCCCAGCAACGAAAGGACACGGUGAAAUACGUAAAGGACGUCGUUGCUCUAUCGGCUGGGCUUGGCGGCCAAAUCGUCACUGUUGUGCCUUCGACGGUUGGCAAGCUGGUUCCUACGUCUACGCCGGAGAACGAAUGGAAAUGGGCCGUCGAGGGGCUCCGCGAAGUGGCUGCCUUUGCGAAAGAAAAGGGGAUCCGAAUCGCGCUGGAGCCGUUGAACAGAUUCGAGACGUACUUUUUGAACCGUACAGACCAAGCCCUGGCUCUUGCAAAGGAAGUCGGUUACAACUGCGGCAUUGCGUUUGACGUCUUCCAUCUAGCGAUUGAGGAGCCAGACAUGUUCGCCGCGAUGCGGGCUUGCGGCCCAUACAUUGCCAAUGUCCACGUCGCCGACAACAAUCGUCUCGCGCCGGGCGAUGGGUCCUUUGACUGGCCGAAAAUCAUGGCUGCCCUGGCUGAUGUCGGCUAUGACGGCGGAGUUGCCGUGGAGUUUAUGCCGUACAUUGACCGCACCCCGGUUGGCAACUUUGGACAGAACCAGCUGGAGAAGGAGAUUGUUGAUGUGACGCCCGGACAGCUUCAAUUCAUCCUUGACCACGGAUCGGGGUUGCUUUCUGAGAGCUACUACACGGAGUUGAUGAAGCGGUCGGCUGAGACUAUGUUGCCUUAUAUGAAGUAG